CUCAUUUCUACUAGUAUGCUUUCUGUCACUGUCAAGUUUUGUGAACAGUUGUGCGUAGUUAAUUAGUAUUUCUGUGUAAACGAGUUACUGUCAUUUCCAACAUUGUAAACCGUUAACGUUCUUCACAAAGCGAUAUAAAUUUGCAAUGGAAGAUGGAAAUGAUACAAUAUUUGAAGCUGAUUCGGAUAUGUUUGCCCCUUUGGACCUCUUUCUCCGAAUGGUGGAAGAAAACAACACCGUUGCAGUUGACAGACUUCUUUCUGACUGGGCAUUUCGAUCAAACCUGGAUAUCAACACAUGUCUCAUAGCAUGUCUGCAAAGAAGUUGUGAUUCAGUGAUUGUCGACAAGAUUUUAAAACAUCUUCCAAACAUGCGCUAUUCCGAUGAGAAUGGUAUGCGUGCAUUACACCACGCCGCUAUUCACGGACCUGUUCAGAAUGUACGAUGCAUUGUUGAAGCUGGGGUACUUGUUAACUGCUCUGAUUUAAAAGGCUAUCGGCCAUUACACUAUGCAUGCGAACACGGCCAGACAGACAUUGUCCGAUACCUGAUUGAAGAAGGUGCCCAUGUGAACUCUUCACGGACGCACCUGUCGGGUGAAUCUGCCCUCCACAUUGCGUGUCGGUGUGGUCACGUCGACACAGUGAUAGCCUUGCUUGACAGCCGCGCGGACAUCAACCUGUUGAUUCUGACAGAACAUGGAGGCCAUACACCGCUGCACAAAGCAGUCAUGGGAGACAGCAGUGAAGUUGCUCGGGUUCUGUGUCAGAGGGGAGCAUCACCAUACCUCACCGAUUCUUUAGGUAAGACUGCCCUGCAUCUUGCUGCUGAGAUGGGUAACAUUGAGAUUACACGCAUCUUGAUUCAGUUUGGUGAUGCUGCUCUUGUGAACUCCACUGACGAGUUGGGCAAAACCGCAUUGUCUUACGCAGCCCAUGAAGGCUUUCUUGAAGUGACCACCGACCUGAUUCAGGCGGGAGCCGACGUCUCUCUUUACGACAUGAACGGCUAUGCUCCAAUUCACCUGGCUAUCGCUGGGAGAAAGCUGGACGUUGUCGAACUGAUCCUCGGGUCAGGGUGUGAUGUCAACAUGCAGACGCACAAGUCUCUGGAGUCUCCGUUAAUGAUGGCUCUGAGUGUACGAGAGAUCGACAUCAUCCAGAUGUUGUUGCGCCACGGUGCCGACGUCAAUCUACCGGACUUCAAACAGUAUACACCACUUCAUCGCUCACAAGUGCUGGGAAAAAAUGAGCAAUUGAAGGAGCGGAUAACGGAGAUCCUGCUACAGGCGGGGUCGCGCGUGAAUGCCCGGGACCACCAGGGAGCGAUUCCAUUGAACAGAAACAUCUUCACCAGUGUCCUCAUCAACCGGCCCUGUAACACGGGCUGUCUCAAGCUGCUGGUUGAGGCAGGCUCUCUACUCCAACCGGAUGCAGAAUACAAUAGGAAUUCCCCGCUCUACUGGCUGUGUUCAAGUGGCUGUCUAACCGAGGCCCACUAUCUAGUGCAGGCCGGCUGGGACUUGCGGUGUGAACCCUGGAUAAUGAUGGAGGGCAAAACACCACAGCAGAAUCGCUUACACAAGUGGUUUCUUGCUCUGUCGCGCUCAGUACGCCCCUUACAGCAUUACUGUAGGAACAAAAUUAGGACCAGACUCCAAGAGCUCAGCGAGGACCGGGAAAUCAUUUCAUCCAUUCAGUUGUUACCAGUGCCAGAGAAAGUCAAACAGUAUCUGUGUCUGAGAGACUGUUAUUUUACAGACGAUUUUGAUGCCAGCAGUCAAGUUCAAAGAAGUUAAUUUUGUAGUUACCUGUGAGCAGGACAUAGCCUUGGUACGAUAAUGCAGUGAUGACUUGUUGGACAGUGUAUUUUUAUUUUUGUUUAAUGACACCACUUGAGCAUGUGGAUGGAUUAAUUAUCAGUUAUUGGAUGGUCAAAUAUGUGAUAAUUCUAGCACGUAACUUUCUGAAGAAACCUGCUAUAUUUUUCCAUUAUGGCAUUAGCAGCAAGGAAAAUUUUAUGUUAAUUUUUCCACACAGGACAGCAUAUACCACACACUUGCCUGAGGGGUGGUGGGUCAUAUAGGGUCAAUCACUUUCCAGGUGCGAAGUUGGCAUUGAUUCAGUCUUCACCUGCAUGCAAGUAAGUUUUUAACAAAAGAAAAUAAAGUAGAUAUGUAAACAAAAACCACAAAAAACCCAAUAACAACCAAAAACCACAUAAAGUGUGUGAUAAAUUAAUAUAUAUAUAAAAAAAAUCAAAAUCCACAAAAUGCAUUCUGUAUAUAAAUUUACACAUUUUGUGUAUUUGCAGUUUUCCCACUUAUUACUUACCCAUAAUUUUUAAGCCAUCCAUACCUUAUGGAUGGUAGGCCUAUGUCAAAGACUGAGGUAUAUGCUGUUCUAUUUAUAGAAUACAUUUCCUGUGGACCAAGUGCCGAAAUAACCUUAAGCUUGAAGUUUUAAAUGUGCGUAGGUGUGUUAAACAAACAUUCCUUUUGUUUGUUUGUGGGAUGGUGCAUGUAAAAGAUCCCUUGCUGCUAGUGGAAAAAUGUAGCAUGUUUCCUCUCUAAGACUAUAUUUACAAAUUACCAGAUGUUUGACAUCCAAUAGUCGAUCAUUAAUAAACCAAUGUGCUCAUUAAACAAAACAAACUUUAAAUUGUAACUUUGUUUCUUUCUUUGUUUCUUUAAUUCUUUCUUUUUUGGUGUGAAAGGAAACAUGGUCGAAGUCAGUGCAGUAUUAUUGUAUCAUGGCAUAGAUCAGUAAGGCUCACUGGAUCAAUCCAUAGGACAAAACCUGCUGAUGUUUUUCCUAUUCCAACCAAUGUAUCCCCCCACCACUAGUAGUCUGGUAUAUGCUGAUGAGUGGGGGAAGGUGCAUGUAAAAUAUCAUUUGAGGUGCACUAGUCAAUAGUACAUGUUACAUAGGGGUCACAUGAUUGAACCACUUUGGCGGACCUAUAUAUUUUUCUUGUUCCAACCAGUACCAUGACUGGUAUAUCCGAUGCUGUGGUAUAUGCUAUCCUGUCUGUGGGGAAGUGUAUUUAAAGAUACCUUGCUGCUAAUGGGAAAAGGUAGCAGGUUUCCUCAAAAUUACCGAAUGUGAUGAUUAAUUAACAAAAUAAUAUUUGUAUAUGGUAGCAGCAAGUUUCUUCUGUAAUUAUCUGUACCAAGUUUCACAAGUUAUGUUAGACGUCGAGCACUGGCAGCUGCUGAUAACAUGGUGUGGUGCAAUGUUGUUAAACUAAGGUUGAUGACAGUCACUUUUCACACCCUUGUUGUGGCUUCGUACACAAUGAAUAUAGCAUAUCUCACCAUUAUUUCACAGGGUUGAAAAUCAGUGCUCUACAAAGCAAGUUCAAAUUUACACUUCCCUGGCCAGUAAAGUAUAAUAUUUACUUAUAUUUAGUAGCCAGCUAAUAUAUACUUGUAAUUAAAUCGAUUUAUCUGCCAUUUUACGGCACAUUACUAAUGUCGUAAUUGUUAUUAGGAAUGAAUGAAUGAAUGUUUAAUGACAUCUCAGCACAAAAAUACACAUCGGCUAUUGGGUGUCACAAUGUUAUUAGGAAUGCAUUCGAAUGAACUCAUGAAGAGAUGAUUUCUAGUUGUUAAAUAAUAAUUACAAGUUACUGUUUGUGUCCAGUUCCACUAUUAACUAUCAUUAUCAAAUUCCGUACCCAAUAAUUGUAUUAAACGAAUUUAAGCGAAUUACUAUUUUAAUAUACAAUAUACACAUAUACAAGCCGACAUUUAAAAUAAUUAACGUUUGAGGUUCAAACAGACAAGUAAAGACAUACAGUGGCUCAACAAUAUCAUUUUAAUACAUAAAUAAAACCUGGCUCUAAAUGGGACAGGACCGACUUUGUCCAAAGCUGAACUGGGGCCAAAUUAUUUCCAAACGCUUGAUAUUCAAGUUAAGGGAGAUAACAUCAUAACGAAGUAUUACCUCCCCCUUAACGUCACCGUGUUUACUCUUGAAUACUGGAAAAUCGUUAUUCAUAGUCAGAUUAACCUGUCUCAAACAAACUACCAAUAGAAAACACGUUUUAUGGAAGAUAAAUUGCUGCUGAUCCACAGUGUUUUCUGAUGUCCAGUUUUGUUUAUAGAUUAAAGUAAGAUUAUUGGACAGUCGCCAAAUGUGAUUUUAUUUUUUAGACGCCAGGGAAUGUUUUUAGUCGUCAUGGCGAGUAUUUUACUCGCUUUGCAGAGCACUGAAAAUUAACAUAAAAACAAUGGUCGCCAGCAGGGCCAGUUGAAAACAAAUCUUACUGGCCCUUCUCAAAUUCAACUAGCCCUCCAUUGUAAUUUAAAUGCACAGCCAAGAUCAAGACUAAAAUAUUCUUUGUUGAAUAAUAAUCAUGUGCUCACCGUAUAUAGUCUGUUUCCUUCAAAAGGAAACCGAUGAACUGGCGUAUAACUUCAUAAUGCAGUUAAAAUUUAUAUAAAAACAUGUUAUCAAGUUUUAAACCCAUACCAACUCAAAUAAAAAAAAUUGAAAAAAAGAGAAAGAAAUCCAGUAUAAAUAAAAACAAUUCUUUACAAAUUACCAUUAAAUUAUGAUGAUUAAAUCUCAUUUUUAAUACAGGGGUGAAAACAAAAUACUAGAACAGCCGAGGUAUACAGCUUGACUAGCAUUGUCUCUGAAGUAAAAACAAAUAAUGCAAUACAAAGAGAAAGGUAGAACUGCGCGUGCUUUAGUACUAUAUAAACCUAGUCUCUGGGUGGCAGUUCUCUUUGUGGCGAUGCAAGAAGGGGUACAAUCUCCCGUAUCAGAUUUCCUGGGGAAUGGACGAAGCACGCACACGUGUGCAUUUAAUUUGGAUAUUGUAAAUGCUACAUUAGUAGGCUACUAAUAAAAUAAAUAUUAAAAGAAAAAUAAAUAUGUAAAAAACCCAAACAUUUUAUCAAAAUAUACUGUACUUAGUUAUUAUAUUACAUAGCAUAAUGGUGUGCAUAUUGUUUAUUACAGUAAUAUUUGGACUGUUAUGUCAUUAUGCAAGUCUUGGUCUCAAUAUUUAUUUAAUACAAAUCGCUUAAAUUUAAAACAAUAUCGACAACGACAAUCAGUUAACGGACCUUUGGAAUAAACCCUGGGCUGUAGUAAUGGAACAGGUAAUUGUUAUUUGUAUAUAUGCUUACGUUAGUGUGAGUUAAAACUACAAGAUAGAUUUUGAUUUUGUCCCAGAAUAAUUCAAGCUAAUUAAAUAUGAUUCCUUUUUACCAUUUAACAUUGAAUAACAAUAACUAUUGAAUAGUAGCUCUACUAGAUAAUUAUGGUGUAUCCAGUCCAUUCUAAUAAGCCGACGACUCAUGCAAUACAUGCAAUGUCUUCAAUACGUUUUGAGCUCUAUUUUUAGAAGACCCGGCCCAAAGCCACAGAAGCUGAAUCUGGCACUGUUAAAAUAUAGAGCAUGUUCUAUGUCUUCUGCUGCUGUAGUUGGCGCCAACACAGACGCGAUGUGUUUUGUCACAUUCGAUUCAGUUUCAGUGUCUUUGUUUUUUAACUGGUACCAUACUCGCCAGACCCUAAUAUCGAUGGUUGCCUGAUGGACUACCUGGGUAAAAUUCUUAGUCGCCCAUAGCCAAUAAAGGUUGCCACGGGCGACCGGGCGACUGCUAAUUUUCAACCCUGUAUUUCAUAAAUAGUACUUUUUUAAGUAACAGAUUUUCUUCAAACACAUUCAGUCCUUGCCUUUUGAAAAACAAAGGCAAGUGAAAAAUCGCACACCUCAAAAUGCUUAGGCGAGUGAAAAAUCGCACUCAUGAAAAGGCUAAGGCGUGUGAAAACCAAGUGUUAUUAAUUUAUGAAGUAAUUGGUCAUCUAAAUGCAGACAUGUUGCAAAAAUGAACCAAUAUACCAAUAAUGUUUUCUUCUAAUUUUUUGUUGUUUGGUUCAUUAGUGUAGUCUGACUUC